AUGAUGGAGAGCCAGCCGCUGCAGGCCCCGACGGCCGAGUCCCACGGCGCCGGAGCCGCGGACGACCAGGCCGGAGCCGGAGCUCCCCCCGCCGUCGUUCCCGGGAAGGAGUUCACGCGGACCUGCAAGGGCCUCGUCGUCGUGCUCAUCGGCGGCUACGUGCUGCUCCAGCUCCUCCCGUCCUCCCUCAACUACCUCGCCAUCAUCCCCGCCAAGACAAUUCCCUUUGUAUGGACCGUCUUCACAGCCGGUUACAUUGAGCAAGUCCUCCCAGGGGCUAUUGGCAGUUCCCUUGGUCUUCUCUUCUGCGGGAAGGAUAUCGAACCAGUCUGGGGCCGCAAGGAGUUCUUGAAGUUCAUUAUCUUGGUCAACUCCAUCUGCGGCAUCCUUGCGUUCUGCAUUGCUGUCGCCCUGUACUAUGUCACCGGGAAAGAGAGCUUCCUUGUAACGCCACUUUCUGGCUUCCAUGGCGCCCUUGCUGGCUUUCUGGUUGGCCUGAAGCAACUCUUGCCAAACCUCGAGCUCCCCAUGUGCUUUUUCUGGAAAAUAAAGGCUAAGUGGAUGCCAUUCUUUGUCAUGUGCUUCUCAACUAUCAUGGCCUUCAUUGUGCCGGAUUCCAUCAACUUCCUGCCGACUUUGUUGUCUGGGAUGUACGUCAGCUGGCUUUACCUGAGAUACUUCCAGAAGAACCCGCUGACAGGGCUUAAGGGCGACCCAAGCGAUGACUUCUCCUUCCCCAGCUUGUUCCCAGAUGCCAUGCGGCCAGUCACAGACCCAGUUGCUAAUCUGUUCGACCGGAUGCUGUGCGCGAGGUCCAAGCCUUCGGAAAUUGCCCUCCCAGUUACCGAUCCUACCAAGGCAUCGAGAAGAAGGAGCGUGGCGAGAGGGUUCUCGAGGAAAGGAUGGCCGCGGAUCAUGCGGCUGACGCCGAAGCCCCAGCUCACUCUGCGGAAGAUUAAGAAUUUUCCCCUGUGCUACGUCGUCGUAGUGGCCACGGUCGCCUGCCUCCGUGCUUUGUAA